AUGCAGCGAUUACUUACAGGUAUUACAAUUUUCUUAUUGGGUAUUCUAAACUUUUAUUCAACUGAUGGUAUUCGUUGCUAUGUAUGCAAUACAGUGACCAAUCGUGGUUGUGGUUCAAAACUCGAUUUAACCAAAUUGAAUGCUACUAAUACUGCCUAUAUAGUUGAGAUCAAUUCGACACAACAAUGUUCUGUAUGUAAUAUUUCUUCUUAUCCGAUUAGUAUUAAAAAACGUUUUUUUUCUUGCCAGAAACGUAAGAUCAGUAAUAUCUAUCUCCGAGGUUAUAGUGUUGUAACUGCUUGUCCGAAUGGUGGUAAUCAUUGUAAUAGCAGUAAAAUUGCUGAUCUUACCAUAGCUAAUUGUUGUUGUAAUACAGAUUUAUGUAAUGGUGUCUCAUUGAUUCAACUACAAUAUUAUCUUCUUAUUCCUACUAUUUGUGUGUUCAUUAUUAUUAAGAAAAUAUUUACUGUAUAA